AGGGACAGGCCAAAGGAAAAUCCAGAGUUUUACAUUUGCUCGGAACGUGUCUGUGGCAGCUCCUGUUGCCAUCAUCAUGAUCCUAAAUCCUUGGGUCCUAUUUUUUGCAGCGUUCCCCCUGGGAGUUUGCUGGCUGUCAAGAACCCAAGGGGCAUUUCUGGAUUCUUUGGAAGCCCGUGACAUUUUCUCAUAUUUUGCUACCAGUUCAGCCUCCGAAGUGCCGGAGUUUGACGUGGUGGGCCUGAGUUGUUCCUGCGAAGAGGCCCGCGCUGGGCCGACAUCUUGCAAAACUCAACGUUGCUCCCUCACAGCCUGGGGGGAUGUCCUUGCCUUUGAAUUCCCUGAGGAUGGAGCCCUCCUUUCCCCUUCCUUUGUGAGCCACCAAAGGCUGAACCCAUCCGCUAGUUUGCUGCGCCAUUUCCAGGGCAACUGCUUCGCCGCGGGAAAGGCCCUGAGUCCUCCAGGGGCAGAAUGCCGACUGACGUACUGUGAAGGGCAACUACAAGGAUUUGUCCUUGUCCGUGGGGCAAAGGUUCACGUUAGGCCUGUUAGAAGACAACAUCAAAGCCUGCUGAUGGGUCCAUUCCUUCCCAGGCCUCACAUCAUUUUCAGGACUCCACAGAACUACACAACAGCAGAGACAAGAAGAAAGUUUCGGCCCCGAGUCCGCAAAGGGGCUGAGGGGGAGGUGAAGCACUUGGAGCUGCUGGUUGUGGUGGGGCCAGAUGUUUACCACUUCCACAAGGAAGAUACCGAGAGGUACAUUCUCACCAACCUGAACAUUGGAGCAGAGCUUCUUCGAGACGCCUCACUGGGAGCUCAAUUCAGGGUUCACCUGGUCCGAAUGAUUGUCCUCACGGAACCCGAGGAAUGCAUCAAUAUCUCUGCCAACAUCACUUCCUCGAUCAUCAGCGUCUGCGAAUGGGCAUGGAAAGUCAACCCAGAGAAUGAUUCAGAUCCUCAGCACGCGGAUCUGGUUCUGUACAUAACCAGGUUUGACCUGCAAUUACCCAAUGGAAACACGCAAGUGCGCGGCGUCACCCAGCUGGGAGGGGCCUGUUCCGGGGCCUGGAGUUGUGUCAUCACUGAGGACACGGGUUUUGGACUUGGAAUCACCAUUGCCCAUGAGAUUGGGCACAGCUUUGGGAUCCAGCAUGACGGAGAAGGGAACCGAUGCGCAGGUGACGGGCACAUCAUGGGCUCUGAAGGGGGUCACAACAGUGUGGAUCUGACUUGGUCUGCUUGUAGCAGAGAGCAGCUCUUAGCCUUUGUCAGUUCAGGCCAAGCAAGCUGCACGAAUGACCUGCCAGACCUCAAGGACAACAUCCCAGGAGGGAAGCCAGGCCUCUAUUAUGGGGCGGACGAGCAGUGCAUGACGGCCUUUGGGGGCGGAGCGACAGCCUGCACUUUCUCCAGACACGACAUUGACAUGUGCAAAGUUCUCUCUUGCCACACAAAUCCGGCCGACCAGUCCAGCUGCACCCGGCUCCUUGUUCCCCUCCUGGACGGUACCGAAUGUGGGAUCAACAAGUGGUGCUCCAGGGGCCGCUGCAGCUCUUUGGAAGAGCUGAAUCCCAUUGCGGCGGUCCAUGGGCACUGGUCCAGCUGGACUGCCUUCACUGCCUGCUCCCGGAGCUGUGGAGGAGGAGUUGUGGCCAGACGGCGACAGUGCAACAACCCCAGACCUGCUUUUGGUGGAUGUCAGUGUGAGGGGGAAGAUUUGCAAGCAGAGAUGUGUAACACGCAGCCCUGCCCGACAACCCAGGUGGGUUUCAUGGAUGAACAAUGUGUAGCGACAGAUUUGAAACCACUUUAUCUGAGCCUGGAGUUCCCAUCCUUUUAUAAGUGGGAGUCGGCAGUUGGCUAUGCCAAAGGAGACACCAUGUGCAAACACAUGUGCAGGGCAUCUGGGAAGAAUUUCAUGGCGAGCCGAGGGGACCGAUUCGCAGAUGGGACAAGGUGUGAACUGAGCGGCCCAGCAGAGGAGGGAGCAGUUGGCCUGUGUGUGAUGGGCAGUUGCAGGGUGUUUGGGUGUGACGGCAGGAUGGAUUCUGGGAAAAGGAUGGACAUGUGCCGAGUGUGCGGUGGAGACAACUCUACAUGCUUUGUUGUGAAGGAUUCUUAUGCAGAAGGGAAAGCCAGAGAGUAUGUUACAUUUCUGAGGCUCCCUCCUAACACCACCACAGUCCGUGUGGUCAACCGGAAACCACUCUUCACGCAUUUGGGUGUGCAAGUUCAAGGGCAGUAUGUGGUGGCGGGAAAAGGCAGAAUCUCCUUGAACGCCACCUACCCCUCUACCCUGGAAGACAACCAGAUAGAAUACAAGGUCUUUCUCACAGAGGAGAACCUGCCUGGCUUAGAGGAGGUUCGUGUGGAUGGGCCAGUGCAGGAGGACAUAGAGAUACAGGUUUAUAGGAAGUACGGGAAGGAAUAUGGGGCCACCACCAACCCAGACAUCACUUUCAGCUACUUCCGGCCGAAUGAGAAGGAGGGACACGUGUGGGUCCCCCAGCUCAGCCCCUGCUCGGCAAGCUGUGGGGAAGGCACUCUGCAGGUCGGUUAUUCCUGCUUUGACCAGGCAAAGAGUGAAAUGACAGAUGACCUGCAUUGUCUGAAGACCCCAAGGCCCCCUGUCAGGCAAGAGCCUUGUGCUGUGGCCCCCUGCCUGCCUCGCUGGGUAGCGGAGGACUUCGGGCCCUGCAGCGCCACCUGUGGCGGAGGUGUGAUGGAGCGGCUGGUUCACUGUGCAAAAGAAGAAAGAGGGCUGGUUGUGUCUCUGCCUGAUUCGGAGUGCGUGGAUGCUCCCAAGCCUUCUCCCGUCGAGUCUUGCAACGAUGAGACUUGUCCUGCGAGAUGGAAGGAAUCUGAGCCAGGCAGGUGCUCUGCCAUUUGUGGCUUGGGAGUUGCCCCCUUGAAUCUGAGCUGUGUCCAGGUGCGCGAUGGGCUGGAAAGCACCAUGGAAGAAAGCCUGUGCCCGGUGGAUGAGAAGCCCCCCGCCUUUGUGCCUUGCAUGGUGAACGUCUGCCCUUUGGGAUGGAACACACAGGAAAGUGUGCCCCAUUCAGAGCACUCUGUUCCAUUUUGGCCUCAUCAGACUGGAAAUCGCUCAGUGUACGUCUGGAGUCCUCUGGCUGGAGAAUGCUCUGUCACUUGUGGAAGAGGCCUGAUGUCGCUGAGCUAUGUUUGUCUGGUCUUUGACACCAAAGAAGAAGCAGAGGAGAAACAUUGUAACCAGGCACUGAAGCCGGCGAGCCAGCUGGAAACGUGCAGUCCUGCACCGUGUCCACCACGCUGGGAAGUGAAGGAACUCACUCCGUGUCCCGUGACCUGCGGGGGAGGAAAAAUACCUCUCUCUGUCCGCUGCGUCAGGCAAUACGGGACUGUAACUCGGACUCUUCCUCACUCAAAAUGUAGCAGGAUGCACAGGCCAUCCAGUAGCAAAGACUGUGCCACUGAUCCAUGUCCAGCAAGGUGGUUCUACAAAAAGGGCACAUGUAGUACCAGCUGCGGUGGAGGUGUGAUGCGCAAGGUCCUGUACUGUGCGCGGGGGAUGGAGGAGAAGGAGGAGGAAGAAAUCCUGCCAGAUGCUGUCUGUGAGAGUUUGCCUCGCCCCGACGAACAGGAAGCGUGCAACCUGGAACCUUGUCCCCCAAGGUGGAAAGUGACCAGAACCAGUCCGUGCUCCUCUUCCUGCGGCCUUGGGGUGGCCACCCAGAUGGUCUCUUGCAUGCAGCUUUCUGGGGGCCAAGAGAUUGAACUGGCAAAGAGUCGGUGUUCAGAAGCAGAGAAGCCCCCCUUCAGCGUGCCCUGUGUGAUCCGGGUCUGCCCUUAUGAGUGGAGAUUCACCACAUGGGGACAGUGUUCUGUGUCUUGUGGAAAUGGCAUUCAGACACGGCAGGAUUUCUGCAUCAAUCCCGAAACUAGAGCACGGGUGAAUCCCAUCUUGUGCAUGCACUCUCCUAAGCCCGUAAUGCUGAGAAGUUGCUCCGUCGCCCCCUGCCUUGAACAGGCUGCGGCAGACACGGUCUCCAGGUCAGAUCUUAAGACUUUGCCCCUGGCUGCAGACUGGGUGACAGCUACGCUGACCGUUGUCCCCAAAGGACCACAGUAUAAGGCCUUGGCUCUUCCACAGCCUGAUGAACCAGCUCCUUCUGUGAAACAAUUUGAGAAGAUACCAUGGGGUGCUCAGAAGUACAGUGUCUGUGGGCAGCUGUUCCUCAAUUCCACGGGGUUGAUCAACAUGACCGGCGUGCAAGCCAGCGACUGCACCGUUGCCAUUGGCCGCCCCUUAGGGGAGGUCAUCACAGUCCAAGUGCUGGAGAGCUUCCUCAAUUGCAGUGCAGGUGAGGUGGUGCUGAUUUCUACACGCAUGAUGUGGCGGACAGGCUGCAAAAAGCUGGCGCAUUUGACCGUAAACACCAGGAUCAACACGCUGAUGGUGAGACAGCGCCUCCUGGUGCCCAGGAAUGGAGUUGUCUUUCAGUACAGCAGCAAAGAGGCAGCUAAGAAAUAUCAUCAAGAUUGCGAUGUGCAGUUGUUCGGCCCCCACGGGAAAAUAAUGAGCCCUGUGCCUUUGGCAGACUGGGGAACGCAAGUGGCUUGCAGGACGUUCAUUGAUGUGGCCCCACAACAUCACAUCGCCAUCCACGCUGUGUACGUGGAUCUGACGGCUGAUGGCAACCAAACACACUCCGGUUACAUCUCGAUCCGAGACGUUGAUGCCAUGAAGACUGCAGUCUUCCGUGGGAACCAGCCGUUCUACUGGGAAUCAAUUGGGAGCCGGGCCGAAAUUGAAUUCAGCAAAGACUUUGCCAGUGUCAGUUUCCAAGCGGAAUACUGGGUCACCACGCCAAAAUAAACACAGCUGCAAGUUGUUUGCGGAGCAACUGGUUCCAGUGGAGGGCCCAAGCGCUGCUGUAUGUCCAAGGGUUAUAUAGCUAGGGGGAUAGAGUAGGUGUCGCUUGUCACACAGCGUGGAGGAGAAGUAACAUCUAUUGCAGUCCCAUCUUCUAAAAAUCUUUAAAGUUGCAGGAGUGCUGGUUUCUUUUGCAUCUGUUCAAAGGGCUGAAGAAGGGAGAAAGAGUUCCUAGUGCCCAAACUCAACCUGCCUCUGCCACUGGCUCAAAUUGUGACCUCUGCCAAGUCACUCAAUGCCCCUUUCCAUUGCUGUUUUUUGUAGCGCCAAAGUCAGCACCUCAACUCAGUAUGCACAUAAUUGUUGGAGAUUGGCCAAUAAAAGUGUUACGUGGGUGUGAACCUAGCUUAUUAGUCUGAAGUUAAAAAUUCCCAGCACCUUGCACAGUUCCUGGGUUUCUUUUUUGCGGGGUGGGUGGGGGUGCUUUAAAUGUAU